CUCCCAGUUCAGUUUCUCUAGGAAAUGUCACUGUAGGUCUUUUUUCCCCCUUCUUCUGAUUCCCACAGGGUGAAAAAGGUGACCUGGGGAUGACGGGCUUGCCAGGGUCAAGAGGACCAAUGGGCUCCAAGGGCUACCCUGGAUCCAGAGGGGAAAAGGGAUCCAGAGGUGAAAGGGGUGACCUGGGUCCCAAAGGAGAAAAGGGUUUCCCAGGACUUCCUGGAAUGUUGGGGCAGAAAGGUGAAAUGGGACCAAAGGGCGAGCCCGGGAUAGCAGGGCACCGGGGGCCCACAGGAAGACCAGGAAAACGAGGCAAGCAGGGGCAGAAGGGAGAUAGUGGAGUUAUGGGCCCACCAGGCAAACCUGGGCCUUCUGGUCAACCUGGCCGUCCGGGCGCCCCAGGCCCCCCGGGUCCCCCGUCUGCAGUCUGUUGCUUCCUAGGACACCUUGUAAUGGGACCCAAAGGGGAAAGAGGAUUUCCCGGGCCUCCAGGAAGAUGUCUUUGUGGCCCUCCCAUGAAUGUGAAUAACCCUUCCUAUGGGGAGUCUGCAUAUGGGCCCAGUUCCCCACGAGUUCCUGUGAUAUUUGUGGUCAACAACCAGGAGGAGCUUGAGAGAUUGAACACCCAAAAUGCCAUUGCCUUCCGCAGAGACCAGAGGUCUCUGUACUUCAAGGACAGCCUUGGCUGGCUCCCCAUCCAGCUGACGCCUUUCUACCCUGUGGACUACCCCGUAGACCACCGUGGCUCCUGCGGGGACGGGGUCCUGCAGCCGGGGGAGGAGUGUGAUGACGGGAACGGCGAUGUGGGUGACGACUGCAUCCGCUGUCGCCGGGCCUACUGUGGAGACGGUCACCGGCACAGGGGCGUGGAGGACUGUGACGGCUCUGACUUCGGCCACCUGACCUGCGAGACCUAUCUCCCCGGGUCAUACGGAGACCUGCGGUGCACCCCGUACUGCUACAUCGAUUCCACGCCCUGUCGCUACUUCACCUGAGGGCCGCCGGGAGGAGGCGGCCGCACCCACGGAACUGGCAGCAGCUUCUCCACCCUCGGCAGACUGACCUCGCCCCGUCCUGGUCCGGUUUCCCCCACCUUCAUGCAACAGAAACAAGGACAAACUCUUGCUGCUAAGAUGUGCUUUUAAUGCAGUCCGACUGGAAGAACCUAGGACCACUGCAUCCUGUCUUAACCCCGAGUACCGGGCCUCCUCCACACACCCAUGGCGACCCUCCGGCCAGACCGCCGGCCUGCGGGGCCCUCCCUUCCGAAUAUCGUGGACUUGGCUUUGCACUGUUAGGCACACAGACUGUUGGAGAUUGCUCCCGUCCGCUGGGGGCAUCUGGGGCGCAGGCCUCUCGUCUCCUCUGACCUCUGGAAAUGUGGGCAUUCUCACCCGGCAGCUGGCCGGGGCUCCCCGGGCCUGGGAACCACAGAGCAGGGAAGUGGGCCUGUUCUUUGGGGGUGGCCCCCAGAUCUGGGCCCAACUAGGGACCCCCCCGCCCCGCAGCUGGCCACGGCCCAGCGCAGCCUCGUGUGGAUGUGGCUUCCCCAGGCAGAGCCCCAACUGUGAAUAAGUACUGAGACCGCCGCCAAACCCUGGGGUGCUGGGGUGCUUGCCGUGUAGACGAAAGCAGAGCAGUGGCCUUCUUUUCGACAUUUCCCGAAGGGGUUGCUCUCAGGGCCUCCCCAUCCCCGGCACCAUCCUGACCUCCUGGCUCUGCGCACUUGGACCUCCGUCCUGUGAAUGUCCCUCGUGUCCAUUUCUCCUUCAGGACAUUGGCUAGCAGGCCGGCCACUGGUGUUUCCUGAGUCCUUAGGAAACUGCCGCCUGGUAUCCCAUCCAGGCCCCACGAUUGAGUACAUGCUCCGGGCAGAGACGGCAUCUGUCCUGGGCGCCAGCUCCUGGCUGCCUGCUGAGUCCCGUGAGCCCUGUGACCUCCCUCCCUGUCUUCGUGGUGCAUAGUCUUGUCCUCGUGUGCGUGCGCCCGAGACCCCGUUUCUACCGGAUCGUUAGCCCUGCAUGUCUGUGAGCUGUCUUUCAUCACCAUAUUUCCUGAGUGAGGCUUAGCUUUGUUUGGGAAGGACGUCUUCUCCACGGCAGACCUCAGGUGGGAUUUGCCCAUUUGCUACCAGAUGGAGGGACGCUCCUGGGCCUGUGUACAAGGCCUGCGUCUUGGGCACUUGGCAUUGUGCUGGUGGCCAGUCGUGGGCGAAUCAGCCCCGGGGUGGGUGGACACAUGGGUCAGUCUGGCCCCCUCCGCCUCUACUGCAAGUCCCGGGCUGAUGUUCCAUGGCCCACGUCUGUCCCAUGUGAAGCCACCACCUUCAUCCUGGCAUCUCCGGAUGGGAAAUCAAGAAAUAAAGGCAGUGUUCCUCCCUCCUGUGGCUCUCUCUUCCCCGGGGGUUUGGGGCUGGUGUC